CUUGUUUUUCUCCUCAAACAAACAUUAUCGUAACUGCUCUGUCUCUAAUAAUAUGAUCAGAAUUACGAGGAUAAUGGCAAAACUAUUCCCAUUAUGGCUCGUAAUUUUGUUCUACUUUUCAAGAUUAGCCCGCUCUUCGCCUCUAGCACCGGCAUUGUACGUUUUUGGAGAUUCUUUGUUUGAUAGCGGGAACAACAAUCUUUUGCCAACUCUUGCAAAGGCAGAUUAUUUGCCGUACGGUGUAAACUUUGACCAAGGGGUCACCGGAAGAUUCACCAAUGGAAAAACUGUCGCCGAUUUCAUAGCUGAUUAUCUUGGGCUACCAAAUCCGCCUCCGUACCUGAGUAUUAGAGGAUCGGCAGCGGUUACUGGAUUAAAUUAUGCAUCUGGAUCUUGUGGCAUUCUUCCAGAAACUGGCAGCCAAUAUGGAAAAUGCUUGAAUAUGAAAGAUCAGAUAGAUUUGUUUGAAAUUACUACAACUUAUAAUACGUCAGAGUUGCGGAGAUACUUUAAAAAUCCCCAGGAUUUUUCUCACUACCUCUCAAAAUCUAUAUUUAUUUUUUCUGUUGGCAAUAAUGAUUACAUAAAUAAUUACUUGGAACGACAAUUUUCCAUACGGAAAAACUACUCUCCUCGAUCAUUUGCGCAACUCCUGGUGGAUGAACUGGCUCAGCAUUUUCAGAGGUUAUACAAAUUAGGAGCGAGGAAGGUAAUAAUGUUUGAAUUAGGCCCACUUGGGUGCCUCCCAUCAAUAACAAGGAAACGAAAUCAUGGAACCAAAUGUGUGGAAGAAAUAAAUCAGUUAGCUUCGUAUUUCAAUGAAAGACUUCCUCCAAUGCUUAAUAAUCUAACAUCUACUCUCCAAGGCUCAACCUUCGUUCUUGGUCAUGCAAAUUGGCUCGCUUACGACGCAAUACAAAAUCCUACCAAAUAUGCCUUAAUGGAUGCAAGAAAUCCAUGUUGCACCACUUGGUUAAACGGGACUUCUGGGUGUAUUCCGUUUCUAACGCCUUGCGAUGGAACGAACAAUCACUUCUUCUGGGACGCUUAUCAUCUUACUGAGUCUGCUUGUUCAGUCAUAGCAAGUGGAUGUUUCAAUGAUUCAUCGGUGUGUUCCCCAUUCAUUAAGCAACUUGUAGAAAUUUGAAUGU